AUGGACGGGUCAACUGUUUUGCUGUGGAACUGGUCGGCUCAGCCAAGUUCCCCGACUGCUUUGGCUGAGUUGGAGGAUGCAUCGAGUGUUUUAGCUGAUGUUAGGUUCUCGGAGGCUAGCGAUAGAUGGGUCUGGUCCUUGGCGGCGAACAGGAGGUUCUCUGCGGCUUCGAUCAAAGCGCUGGCAGCGAAAGAAAGUGCUCUGGAAGGUCUGCAGCCUUUCGGUAAGUGUUCGUGGGUGCCCGAAAAAUGUAAUAUCUUCGUGUGGAGAUCUCUUCUUGACCGGAUACCAACUAGACAAGCUCUUGCUCGGCGUAACAUUCGCAUUGAUUCGGUUUUUUGUGUCCUUUGUGGGGAUUCGGUUGAAUCAGUUGAUCAUCUGUUUUCGGGUUGUGAGAUGUCAUUGAGGGUUUGGAAUCGGUUAUGUGAGUGGGCUAACAUCCCUCACAUCUUUGCGUUUUCUUUCGGUGAUCUGGUGGAGCACUAUAAGUUUUGUCCAGGAAACAAGGAGUAUAAAGAGGUGGUUAGGGGACUCAUUAUUGUGGCAUGUUGGUGCAUCUGGAAUGCAAGGAACGCGAAGUUUUUUUCUAGCAAGGAAACCAGCUGGGAAAAGAUUUUCGGGGAGGUUAGGUCUCUUGGAUUUUUUUGGUUAAAAAAUAGAUCAAAGCAUCGUAAUAUUGUUUGGGUAGAGUGGUGUAAAUCUCCGUUGUAUAUGGUAUAG